GAGAGCGACAACCAUUUGGUCACGAAAUGUCAAUAUAUCUUCUAUUUUGAUGCUGGUUUCAAUAGCUGUACUACAGCUAUGAAGCUUUUUGACGCUGGGAACAGCAUUGGACAUUUCCUAAGACGUAUUCUGUGGGAAACGUAACCAGAAACGAGAAAAUCUGGCGCAAAAAUGAUGCGCUUCCACGAUCGACACGGAACCCAUGUCAAACUUUCACCAUCAAAAACAUCUGCGACGAGAUUCAAAAGCUUUGCUAAUGCGGUAGUUUUCAGUCAUCGCCCUUUAGCAUUCGGUGAGACAUUCCUUUUUGAAAUCGAAGAGCAGGAAAAAGACUGGUCGGGCCAUGUCCGCUGCGGAAUAACAACACACAACCCACAAACGAUUAAAAGCGUUCCGCCGUAUUUACUGCCAGACAUGGCUCAAAUGGGAAGAACUUGGGUGUUUGCGAUCAAGUCCACCAUGCAAAAACCAUUAGGUGACGAACAUUUUAGGGACUACGGGAGUCACAAUUAUCAACGGCAAGCAGCAGGAGAUAAAGAUAAUAAUCCCAUGUUUUGUGGUAAAAAAGCACAAGAGGGAGAACUUAAACCCACUGAUGUCGGGUCGCGUAUAGGAGUUAAAGUCAGCCCCACUGGAGAAUUGUAUUUCUUCGUUAAUGGCAUGAAAUUCGGUCCCUGUGCUCUGGAUGUUCCUGUCGACAAGGAUCUCUUUGUGGCUGUCGAUGUUUAUGGAACAACAAAACGGGUGCAAAUCAUACAAUGUGGAGUUCCCUCACUUCUUGACUUGUGCUGUGAAAACAUCAAGAAACUUGUGGCAAAGCAAACUGAUAUGGAACUUCUUCCCAUAACAAUGCAGCUUAAAAAGUACAUCGCUGCAUUUUAACAAGAAAGAACUAGAACAGAUAAAAUAAUAGUUAUGCUAAAUUAUGACUUACUUUAGAUUUCAACUAUGAAGCUUACUGCUGUAAAAACCCCUGUCUAUUAAGAACCUAAAAUUUUAGAACCUGUUGGGCUCAAAUUUCCCAGUCACAUAAUAACCAUUCUAGGCAAAAAUCUCAAUACAGGUUCUUAUUUUCAAAGUUUAGAGUUUUUUCAAAUAAAUACAGUAUAUCACAUGCAAUACAGCAAAAAGGUAACAAAACCUACCCAGAACACUGGCCGUUUUAUAAGACCACAAUACUGUACUGCGAAUGAUUCAAUAUAAAGACCACAUGCAUGAGUACAAGUUUGUUUUUAAACAAAAAUUAAGAACCUGAUUAAGAACCAAGGUAGCCUAAUUUCAUUGUAAACACCAUUUAUAUAUUAAGGACCUAUGGAAGCUAA